UAAAUAGAAUGGGGAUCUUGGAUUUCCCCCUCCCCCUCGGUAUACGUGGGAAGUUAGAAAUUGGGGGGGAGGCUUCGAGUCCAAAAGCAGGACCUACACUCUCCUGGCUGUAGUGGAGCAACUGCUUCAAAAGUAGAGUAAAACAAUCAUAGGGGUGCAGAGAGGGAGGGGAUGAGUGUGGAGCGAGACAGCUCUGUGAUAUCUCAGAGCUCAUUGCUUGCUGUUCCUAGAGGACUACAAACUUGAAGAUGAAUAUCGAUGCCUGGGGGGAACCACUGCCCUGUGUGAUCGCUUCGUAGGUCCUUCAGCAUCAAAGUUAGAAAAUUAAUAUGAAUUCCUAGAAUUAGAUCAGAGUCCAGACCAUUCCUUUGAGGUCUAGAUCAGUUACCUUUAUAACCACACCGAUUUUCCUUUCUAGCUAUCCUUUGGGUCCUUCCUCCUCAUUUCCCCUUGGAAGGAAAUGACUCUGGUUGGAACUGGAGACCUGGAAAAGCAUAUUCCAGUCAUGCCUGCUCCUUCUGUGAUGAAGGUUCUGGAGCACAAGGGGGAACCAGGAAGAGCCAGUCGCGACGGUCUCAGCCCAGGGCGACUCGGUGGCCGCAAACAGCGCCUGCCUCGGGGUCUGAAGCAGCAGCAGCAGCAGCAACAGCAGCAGCAGCAGCAGCAGCAACCGCAGCGGCCGCCGCAGCGGGAUCCGAAAGUCCAGCGGGGCUGAGGGCCCAGGAAGGUAUCUGACCAGACGCCGUCGGAUUGAAAUCGCUCACACCCUGUGUCUGUCAGAGCGCCAGAUCAAGAUCUGGUUCCAGAACCGGAGGAUGAAGUGGAAAAAAGACCACAAACUGCCCAACACCAAGGGCAGGUCUUC